CCCCGAGUCUGCUGCGCCUCCUCUUCACUGCGGACACAACCAAAAUCUUUGCUCAAAGGUGGGGCACGAAAUAAAGAUGGCGGCAGUAGGGAACACUGGACCAAAGGUCAAUGACUGUGUGACCAAGGUGUCGUUGAGCGUCUCUUGUGAAAAUCUACUGGACAUGGAUGUCUUCUCGAAGUCGGACCCCCUGUGCGUGCUUUACAUGAACAGCUCGGGCUCCAGCUGGUGGGAGGUCGGUAGGACAGAAGUCCUACAAAACUGUCUAAACCCCAAGUUUUCCAAAACCUUUAUCAUUGACUACUACUUCGAGAUGGUCCAGAAGUUGAGGUUCGAGGUGUACGACAUCGACGACAGUGUUACCUGCAGCUUGCAAAGCGCUGACUUCCUGGGUGAACUGGAGUGCACACUGGGACAGAUUGUAUCCUCACAAAGAAUCACAAAACCUCUUGUGAUGAAAGACAGAAGACCAGCAGGAAGAGGAACCAUCACUAUCAGCGCAGAGGAACAAACAGACAACAGGGUGGUUAAAUUCGAGAUGUCAGCGCGAAAACUGGACAAAAAGGAUUUUUUUGGAAAGUCUGAUCCUUUCCUGGAAUUUUACAAGCAGACAGAAAGUGGAUGGAAGUUGGCCCACAGGACUGAGGUGGUGAAAUGUAACCUCAAUCCAGUAUGGAAGCCGUUCAAAAUCCCAAUUCUGGCUCUUUGCGGAGGAGAUGUGGAGAAAUCAAUAAAGGUGGAUUGUUAUGACUACAACAACAGCGGCUCUCAUGAACUCAUCGGAAGCUUCCAAGCUACGCUCUGCCAAAUUCAACAGUCAUGCACAACCUAUGCUGCGGAGUUUGAAUGCAUCAACAGUAAGAAGAAACAGAAGAAGAGAGGAUACAAGAAUUCAGGUGUUAUCAGCAUUAAACAAUGCCAGAUUAUCAAGGAGUAUACCUUCCUGGACUACAUUUUCGGUGGCUGUCAGAUAAACUUCACUAUUGCUAUUGACUUCACCGGCUCCAACGGCCACCCCAGCAGCCCCCAGUCUCUCCACUACAUCAACCCUCAUGGAUUCAAUGAAUACCUGUCCGCGAUCUGGGCGGUUGGGAAUGUCAUCCAGGACUAUGACAGUGACAAGAUGUUUCCGGUAUUUGGGUUCGGAGCCCAGAUCCCUCCGACAUGGCAGGUCAGCCAUGAGUUUCCUGUCAACUUCAACCCAGCAAAUCCGUUCUGUGCAGGCAUUGAAGGUGUUAUCCAAGCCUACCAGCAAUGUCUGCCCCAGGUCAAGCUCUACGGCCCAACAAACUUUUCUCCGAUCAUCAAUCACGUUUCCCAUUUCGGCAGACAAGCCUUGCAGCAGCAAACUGCCUCUCAAUAUUUCGUCCUUCUCAUCAUCACAGACGGAGUGAUCACUGACAUGGAUCAGACUCGGAACGCCAUUGUCAGCGCCUCCAAUCUGCCCAUGUCCAUCAUCAUCGUGGGAGUGGGCGGCGCAGACUUCAGCGCCAUGGAGUUUCUGGAUGCAGAUGACGGCCUUCUUCGCUCAUCCACGGGUGUGCCUGCCAUGCGGGACAUUGUGCAGUUUGUACCGUUCAGGCAAUUCCAAAAUGGUCCUCAGGAACUACUCGCUCAGAGUGUGUUGGCUGAAGUUCCGGGUCAGGUGGUGAGUUUCUUUAACUCGAAGGGGUUGAAACCGCCGAAGGCUGGAGCACCUGCUGCUGACGUACCACCACAGCCACCAGUUGCCCCUCUAUGACCAAGCAAGACUGCCGACCGUUCUGCCCAACAACUUACGGACUAGUAAAAUAUUUGUUCUUUUCCUGCAAUAACUGUGUAUCCUCAGCCUGUCUAUUUGUGAAAAUAGUAUUAACACAAAGACAACACAUUAAUACUAAGCCAUUACUAAUAUGUCAACUCACUUUUUACACUCUGAUCACGAUAGAGAUUUGCUUUUAUGAAUAGUAUUAUGGUAUUAUUUUAUGUAUUUGCUAUCUGGAAUUGCAUAUAAUAUCUAUUGUACUUUUGAUACAAGAAACUAUUUUUUUUCGUGUUUUUAUCCAGUGUUCUGUAUGGUGCUUCAGCAUGUGCAUGAGUUCCGUUUAUCCGACUAAAUGACUGUUAACUCUGACGAAACGUGUCUUAAGAUCAAGUUACUACGACUUUCAAUGAAUAGAAAUAUCUACAAUAUUGUUUUGUUGCACUUUUUUCUCUUAUUUAAGUUUAUCUUGAAAUCUAUUUUGAAUAAGAAACUGCACGAACAGUAAAAAUCAGUGUCCUUUAAUGAGACUGGAAUGGCCUGUUUUUGUUGACUCUGCUUCUAUAUUUGGGCAUUGUACACUAUAUUAUAUGUAUGUAGAGAUUUGAUGAUGAGAUAAAGUAAACAGGAAUUCUGUGUUGAAAGGUGUAACAAUAAAUAU